CGGCCACAGCUGUUUAAAAAACUGAUAGCGGAGAUUUCUUUUCAAAGCCGAAAGUUCGACUCCGCAGAGCAUUUUCCGACCUCGAUCCUACACGCAUAAUAAUAUACCUACCUACUUUUUUUAAUAUCUUCCUUUUCACGCAGGAAUCAGCAGACAUAAGAUGUUGUUCACCGGUUUAAGAGAAACGCUCUCUAAGCUCGUGCAGUCUCCUUUCUUCGUGGUCAGAGCCGAAGAAGAGGAAGAAGAACUAGUUGACCCAGCCAAGGUUUUGAGGGCUAAAUGCGAACAACAAAAAGAAGCGCAAGAACGGUUUGCCAAGCUGCAACAGUGUAACACUCGAGUAAACUCUAGAAAAGCCACUGCUGAAACCUGCGUUGAAGAACUCUGGGAUUUUCUAGAAGUCGUUGAUAAAUGUGUUGCGAAAGACCUGUUUGAUCAUCUCAAGUGAAUAAUGUAUAAUUUAUGGUGUUGCAGUUUGACAGCCAUUUAGCCUUAGGUAUCUUAUGUGUGGUAUAAUCCAUUCUGUAAACAAAGAUAUGAUAUUACAAUUAUUUCUUAUUUUUUUCGAUUUUCCAAUAAAAUCUGAGUUGAUUUAAAACUA